AUGAACACGACAACCUACAUUGGCGAUUGCCGACAAUCAUUUUUCAACAUCUCUUCUAAUGGAUUUUGGGAGACCCUACAGUCACCCGAUGUGGUUUUCGGGUACUCGCUGCCUCUUUUGGAGAUUCAGAUAUUACUCAUAUUCUUCGUCAUCGUCAUGACUCACAUGUUCCUCAAACGCAUCGGUAUUUCACAGAUUGCUUCCCAUAUGCUCGCUGGAUUGAUUCUAGGACCCCAGCUCUUUGACCUACUGGAGAAAUCUUCAGGGAAACUAUCUGUGGAUCCUGCGUUAGAUGGAAACGCAGCGUUAAGAUGCAUAUCGGUAUUUGGAACGUUAAUGUUUACGUUUUUGAUGACUGUUAGAACCAGUCGGCGAGUGGCGUUCAAUAGCGGAAAACUGCCAGUUGUGAUCGGGAUCUCUUCAUUCGUUGUUCCUCUGUUCAGUCUCCUUUUCCAGAACUUCUUCUCCGGCAGCAUCGACCCUAACUACAUGACUCCAAAAACAGCCAUAGGCGAACGAACAGUGAUCAUCAUUACCCAGUCUGCGAUACUUUUGCCUUCCAUAGCAUAUAUCUUGCUAGAGCUCAAGAUCCUCAACUCCGAGAUCGGUCGACUUGCACUGUCUGCAUGUGUCAUCAACGAUAUCCUUGGGAUCAUUUCCAUAGCACUUGCCUCUGCUCAAGCAACGUACUUGAAUGUUUCCGAAAUGAAAGCCUAUCGUGACGCUCUGGCACUGGUCAUCUUCGUUAUCGUCGUCUUUCUUGUUUUUAAGCCGAUCGUGCAACGGAUCAUAGACCGCACACCGCAAGGCAAGCCAGUGAAAGAUAUGUACGUUCACGCUGUGAUGCUGGUCGCAUUAGGUUCCUCUGUUUAUUCUGUGAUAUUCAACAUGAAAUAUGUCAUGGGACCGUUAUUGAUAGGGCUCGUCAUACCGGAGGGUCCACCAUUAGGAUCUGCCCUGGAGGCCAAGUACGAUAAGCUCACGAUGAACGUGUUUUUACCAAUCUCGAUCACAGUCAGUGCGAUGAGAUGUGACGGAAUAAGGAUGUUCACCGAGUUUGGUCACAUCAUGUACAAUGUCUUCCUAACGGUUUUAACGCUCGUCCUAAAAAUGGUCGCAUGCCUUGCACCUUGCUUGUAUUACAAGUUACCUCUCAACGAAUCCCUGGCUGUUUCCAUCAUUUUGAGCUACAAAAGUUUCUUCGAUUUCGUUCUCUAUGAAUCUGUAUUUGACGACUCGUAUAUAUCGGAGGCAACGUACGCGUUCUUGGUCGUUUACUCGUUGCUUAACGCCGGGAUUGCGCCUAUAGUCUUAAGGAGCUUGUACGAUCCGAAACGGAAGUACCUUAACUACCAGAAAAGAAACAUACUGAAUCUGACGCCUAACUCCGAGCUCCGAAUUCUAACUUGUUUGCAUAGACCUGAGAACGUCUCUGAGGCCAUUGGCUUCCUCCAACUCUUGUCCUCACCGAACCUAGACUUCCCUAUAGCGGUCACGGUUCUCCACCUCGUGAAGCUUGUGGGUCAGAUCAACCCCGUUCUUGUCUCGCAUAACAAGAAGUCGAAAUCGCUUUCAAAUAACUCAUUCAUCCAUACCGCAAACCUUGCCUUCAGGCAGUUCAUGCUAGAAAGCUUGAAGUCUGUAACCGUGACCACGUUCAACGCAUUCUCGCAUGAGAAGAUGAUGCAUGAGGACAUUUGCACACUCGCUCUUGACCAGAUAACGUCGAUGAUUAUCGUCCCGUCGGGGAGGAGAUGGGCCAUAGAUGGGAUGUUCGAGUCAGAUGAUGAUGCCAUAAGGCGUCUUAACCAUUCGUUGCUCGAAAGUUCUCCUUGUUCUAUAGGAAUACUAAUCGAUCGUGGACAGUUCUCACGUAGAAGCAACAUAUUAGUUGGCAAGAAAAAGUCCAUCAUCAAUGUUGGUGUGAUUUUCAUCGGAGGCAAAGAUGAUCGGGAGGCCCUAUCGCUGGUGAAGAGGAUGAUACAUAACACUAGGGUUUGUGUAACCGUGAUCCGAUUCGUCUUUAACAAUGAAAUAGAGCCAGAGAAUUGGGAGUACAUUCUUGAUAACGAAGGCUUAAAGGAAUUUAAGUUUUCACAGGAGACAUGCAAUGUUGGUUAUAUGGAAAGGACUGUGACCAAUAGUGCUGAGGUGGCCAGCACCGUCCGAUCUCUCGCAGAAGAGUAUGAUUUUUUGGUGGUCGGGAGAGAUCAAGGUAUGGCAUCACCGGACUUCUCAGGAAUGAUGGAAUGGGUAGAGCUUCCAGAGUUAGGUGUCAUCGGAGAUUUGUUAGCAGCUAAAGAGCUUAGCUCUCAGGUCUCUGUUUUGGUAGUUCAGGAUCAACAACAGGCGUGA